AUGAAGGUUUACGACCACCUCGACACCUGCUGCUCAGAUUACGUGAAGGAGAACAAACAGGCUGGAUUAAGGCARACCCUCAGGGAGGGAGGGAACAAUCAGGAGCACAGAUUGUACAACAGGAAGAGGAAGCCUGCAGGUGACUUCCUGUGUGAGCUGGAGGCCUCCGUCAGACAGGAAAUUAGAGCUCCGCUGCAGAACCUGGAUCUGUGGCGCUUCCCUGAGUUCAACAACAAGAUGGUGAUGGAAUUGGAGAAGAAAAAGGAGGAGAAAAUGAGACGAGAUAAGGCGAAAAGCAAACAGAUAGAGAGGAAAGAAGAGGAGAGGAGAGAGGGAGCAGAAAGAGUGAGAGAAGAGAAGAGAAGAGAAGAGAAGAGAAGAGAAGAGAAGAGAAGAGAAGAGAAGAGAAGAGAAGAGGACAAAGAACACAAAGAGAUGAAAGAAAAUGUGAGAGGCUGGAGUGGCCCCCAGCACCAGCUCCUGCAGGUUGAUGCGGCUCAGCACUGCCCCCUGCUGGACCGGAACUGA